AUGGAGAUGAGGUUUUUGUUCUUGUUCUGUAGCUUGACUUUGUUAUUCAUGGUGGCUUCGGGGGAAGCAGUUGUUGAUAAUAGAAUGAGAUGGAGCAGAAAGGAGAUGGUGGAGAUGGCUGGCUACGGCGAACUCAAACUCUCCUCCGUCCUUCUCACCGCCUCUCUUAUCUCUUCCUCCUCCGACCCUAUUCCCGGUGCUACUAUUGGCAUCAAGUGCCAUACUGGAUUCAGGAGUAGAUCCAAAUGGAUCAAAGCUGUCACAAAUGAGUUGGGGCAAUUCUUUAUCGAUCUUCCUUCUCACCUCCAUGCAAUUCCUGACCUAGAAAAGUCUUGUUCCAUCAAACCACUCUCUGUUCCUAACCCUUAUCGAUGCUCUCUCAAGAUUCACAGAGGCAUUAAACUAGUUUCCUCUUCUGACGGCUUCCGUGUCUACACAGCAGGCAACAUCACAUUACACAAGACACCAUGUAAAUAG